AUGUACAACUGUUUGGGUACUCCCAGGUGGAGGCUCCGGCUCCGGCGCAGGAUCGGCCUCAGGCUCGGCGUCAAUGCCGAGGAGGAAGCGGAGGAAGAGGUUGUGGGAGACGGCACCCGUCAUCCAUACAGCCAAGACAAGACGUUGGUUCUGUACGACGCUUGGAUCAGCGUCUCGUACGAUCCUGUCGUCGGUAAUCAACAAACCAACAAGUGUUUUUGGCAAAAAGUCACCGAAGUUUACAAUGCACGAAGGCCGAAGAAGACCGUUGCCCGCAACGUGAAGAUGCUCCGCAGUCAUUGGGACCGAUGCGACAGAGAUGUCAAAAAUUUUUGCGCGAUAUACAGGGCAGAAGAGGCGAAUUAUCAGAGCGUAGCCAGUGGAGCUGACAUUCUGAGAGCGGAGUUGCGGGUCUUCAAAGAUGACAUCGGUAAAGAUUUCAAGUUUGUCGAUGUUUGGUCGCAAGUCCACCACCUUGAAAGCCCUCAGAGCUCUCAACUUGGUAUAGGUGCACAGCCGACUUCGGGGGAUGAUGAUUCGCCGGCGGAGUAG